UAUCCCUUCAACUACACUUCUGAAUUUCCAGGAUGUUACACAUCUGCAAGGUUUUCAAUUUAAGAUCCCUAGAAAGGUACAUACUUAUCCUUCUCCAUAGUUUCUGUUCGUAUCCUCCGGAUGAAAACAAACGAUCUGAACUGGUGAGAAACGAAAUCGGUUCACCACUUCAAACCGGAGGUCGUGCGUCGCAGGCGGAGGCUGGGAUAGGAGGCGGCAUGCGUUUUCAGAAACAUCUGUCUUCUAUUCUACUCUAUAGAAGCCACCAUCUCCACCCUUCUAAUUCGUUCACUGUGGUCGAUUCGAUUUCCAUCCAAAGAAAUAUCGACCAAGACGUCGCCUCUAGGAAAAAAAUGACAGAAGGCAGGAGAGUCAACAACUUUGGCGAUGUGGACGGCGACAGUGUGCCAAGGUCGGCUUGUCGAUUCCUCGGUAAAUCACACCAAACUCACUAAAUCAUGUUUUGGUUUUGGUUUUUUUCGAUUCUGAAUUACUUUCAACAGUUUCGUUAGCAACCCACAUAGAACAGCCCCCCACCUACAAAUCACACAAUUCAUAUCUGUAAAAUACGAAAAUUGACUGUGGUUCUUCUUUGCUUUUCCUCAAUCAAACGUGUCUGCAUCCCCUUUUCUUUUAUCUUUUGUGUUAUUGCUUGGUGCUGCUAUGUUUAUCGUCUUUCUUCUCAAAUUUCUUGCUAAUUUAGGGUUCAAACUCUACACCACUGUCACUUUGCAUUUUUCAGGUAAGCAAGCUUUGAUUUCAGAUUUUUAACUAACCUACAGUUCGAUUUUGAGGUGACUUCUAAUCAUAUUUUUUUUAUUAAUGAUUGAUUUUUCGUUUUUUGUGGAUUUUUAGUAGAUUUAUGUCUUAUAUGAGAGAGAAGGAGAUGGAAGAGUAAAUUCAGAUGCAAAGACACGGUGUGGAAGGGAUAGGUAAGGAAAAUGGGAUGAAAUAGAAAUGUUCCAGCUAUAAGCUUUUUCUUCCGCCUCCGGUUUUUUGAUCUCAAAUCAGGUCCUUGCACAAAGAAAUUGUCUCUUCAGGUGGAGUUUGAAAGAUUGCACUUCAAUUGUUUGAUGAAAGUACUCAAACAGCCACCCACUCAUAUGGAUGCCACCACCCGGAAGAGUUGGCGGUGUUGUGAAGUGGAGGUCAGCGGGUAUGAUGAAGGAUGCCGAAGAAGUUUACAGAGAAACAUGGAAAGGAUCUGUUGGAAAGAGUGAUACUGAAGAGCAUUACAGUUUGAAGUAUGGCCACUUAUUGAUGUUCAAAUAUGAACGGUUUUCAAUAUUUGGUGUGGUUAUAUUCGAUACAAGUGCAACGGAGAUAGUUUACCCCCCCUAUGAAGAAAGAUCCACUCGGAAACUCUACAAAAGAGGUGGCAAGAAACAAUCCACAAGAGGUCAAACUUACUAAACUAGAGACUGUAAAGUCAGAAGAAGAGACAUGUUCAUCGAGUGAAGAUGAAAAAAGUAGAAUCAAGAUUAAUGUUGGAGGUGGAAGUUUAAGGAAGAGGAGGGAGGAUGGAAGAAGGGCAGUUGAAAGAGCUAAAGCUAAUUUCAAAAGCCAUAAACAUUUCUUCAUUGCAUAUAUCCAACAAUCAUAUGUUACUGGAUCAAGAGGACUGGUAAUCAUGAAUUAUUCUACAUCGAUCUUUUCAUUGUAUAAAUUAAGAAAACAGUUUUUUUAUCUGUUUCCAUGGAUGCAUCCUGUAGCAGUUGAGUUCAGGAAGAUACUUGCUUAGAUGGUGCUGGUUGGGUGGAAUUUAUCAAGGACAAUGGUAUUACAUUUGGGGACAUUUGUGUUUUUGAGCUAAUCCAUGAACACCGAAAUGUACUUGGUGUUACCAUCCUUAAAUGUUCUCCAUAAAUUGUUCUGUUUUAUUCCUUUUUAUCAACAUGAUGGAAUUACUCUUUUGAGGUAAUGAAAGAAAGGAUUGUUUUA